CAACAUGCGUUUCUUAUUAUCAUACGUGACAUCUAAUACCAACAUGCUGACAUUGGAUUCUGCACUGAAACGAAUAACGCAGCUGCCACGUAGUUUACACCAUAAGACCCCUCUCCCUAUCUGCUUCAGUAAAUAUAGGACUUACGUCGAGCGCACACCUUACGUCAGUACCUACCUAUGUAGGGUAUCAGUUUACUGAUUAGCAAUAAAACAUCAAUCAUUUAUUUGUCCAAUUUCAAGCCUCCAUAAUAUCAGCACCAUUAUCUCCUACCCUUGGCAGCUUCUGAUAUAAUGGCCCUUUCCAAGGCCUAACCUAGGCACUGCACAGGACCUUUUUAAGAAAUACGAUGCCUAAAAGUGAGAGCAACGAAUUCGGUGAAUUACAAGAAUAGGCAUCCGAUCGACACUUCUCUCGACCGGUCAGAGUUUGAUCGGCAGUCCAAAGGAUCGAAACGACAAAAAGCCGUACGUAAGACUAAUCGGAUGCAGGAACCCAAGAUAUUUUCAGCCUAGCACAGCGGCUGUGCAGGGGGGCAUUGCAUUCAACCUCACGGAGUGGUUAUUUAUAACAUAUAAUCUGCCUAUAUUCUAGUAAAUCGAAUUCUUCGGGAAGGUACCUAUUUAAGGCCGUAGCAAUAAUAGACUGUUAAACGCCAGAUACGAAUUUUCAAAUGGCCGACAAAGGCAAAACAACCGCUGCCGAGGGGGUCGAGGAACCGCCCGCAUAUACUGAAAGCACAUCAGCAAACCCUACUCACACAGAUGAUGCGCCCCCUGGAUAUGAAGAGGGCCAAACGUCAACAGUACCGCCGAUUUCGGCAUCGCCCAUCUACUGCACCAUCCCCAAGGUCGUAGGGGCGUACUACCAAGCCAACCUCUCGGGGUUUAAAGUGUUCCACAUCGGCGCAAGCGAAAACGAGCUCCUCUUCGCCGUCGAGGUGCACAUGGGGUACAGCAUGAGCGGGCCGCUCGGCGUGCGGCCGGGGAUCCACCUGCACAACGGGCCGACAACCAAGGACCCGAUGCUCGCCGCGACCAGUGAAGAGACGGCACUGUCCGCGUCGAUGUACAGCAUGAACAACAACAGCAUCAUCUACAUGCCGCCGCCGCUCCUUGAUCGCCCCGGCGCGAGCACCAGCAGCAUGGUCACAGAGAUGAUGCGCGCGCGCACCACGAGCGACAACGGCGUCGCGUUCUCGUUCUCGAUUGAGGUCGGGGAUGCGGAGAAGACGCGCAGGGAGAAGUUCGAGUGGAAGAAGAUCACGAAGAAGGAUAAGCAUGCGGGGGCUGCUCAGGGGGGGUACAAGCUCCUGCGGCUUGCUACGGGGUCUUCUUCCCCACAGGGCGAGAGUAGUAGUAGCAGUCUAGCCGCUACUUCCUCGGCUGCAUCCACUGCUGCCGCGUCGGAGGAUGGCGGUUACGAGGUCGUGGCGUUGCUGGCGUGGACGAAGACGAUAUCGAAUCUCAUGCACCCCUUCACUAUCGAGAGGAAGGGCAGUGGGGCGGCGGAUGUGCUGGGGCAGAGAUGGGCGCUUAUGGUUAUUAUCACGGCCUUAAGGAUCUGGAUGCUGCGGGUUAAUGGCAAGACGAAAAGAGUGGUUAUUGCUGCAGGGGAAAAGGUCAGGGGCAAGGCGGCUCAGGAGUAGUACGACACAAUAUUAUGCCCGGUACUUGCAAUAUCGUAGGUAAUUUCAACGUUUCAAAAAUGUAAAUAUAAGACCACAUAACCUCAAGCUAGAUGUUUCCUUCCCCCUAAACUUCAAAAUUGACUUCAGCACCAGUUUCAGUGUGGACACAGGCAAUAGCAACCUAACUCUUACUGAACUGCUCAAGCAUUGCGGGUUGUGAAAUCUUCUCAACCUUGAAUUCAACCCUACAAAGGCGUAAAACCGAACUGAUCGCAGCCAGGCGGAAGAGUGUCAAGGGCGUGCCGAAGACGACAACAGCUAGGAAGUGCUAGGCAAAGAACGUGACCUUCGAACCCAUUGUGGCGUAGAAGGAAGGCUUCAGACUUCUGCAAGCCCAGCUGACAGACUCCAUCUACCUAAAAUAGACGCCUCACUGGAGCGAA